AUGCCCUUAUGUGAUUUUCCUGUCUGUGAUUUGCUGAUCAUUAUGGGCACAUCUCUCAGUGUGGCUCCUUUCUGCAUGCUGGUUAAUCGCGUUGGUUCGAAUGUGCCUCGCGUUUACCUGAAUCGGGAAGCAUCCGUGUUCGGAUUUGACGGUAUUCCAUGGGAUGCCGCCGAAAACAAACGUGAUGUAUUUGUCCCCGGUGAUGCAGAUGAUUCGGUUUUGCGCCUGGCUGAUCUUUUGGGUUGGAAAGAUGAACUGCUCGAGAUGAAGAAAACAAAAGACGCAGAACUGAGCAAAACUCAAAUCGACCAGUGCACCGAAGAGGGGGAGAAAUCUGGACAUAAAGAAUAA